GCGCGCAUGCGCGGCCGGAAAACGGGGCGGGAGGAAGGGAGUGCGUUUUCCUCUCAGGCGGCGCCAUUUUGUGCUCAGAGCAGCUACAGCCGGCGGCGGUGUGUGGAAUAGGUGGCAGAGACGGGAAACCCGGGAUGGCGGAGACUCUGGCAGGGUCCGGCGACUCGGGUUCUGGCACAGCCGCUGCCGUCUCGGGCGCCUCAGAGGUCGGGACGCGGCGGCUCAGCGACUUGCGGGUGAUCGACUUGCGGGCGGAGCUGAAGAAGCGGAAUCUGGACACGGGCGGCAACAAGAGCGUCCUGAUGGAGCGGCUCAAGAAGGCGGUUAAGGAAGAAGGGCAAGAUCCUGAUGAAAUUGGCAUCGCGUUGGAAGCCACAAGCAAGAGGAUGACAAAGAAAUGCGUUAAAGGACAAAAGAUGGAGGAGGAAGGCACAGAAGACAAUGGCCUGGAAGAAGAUUCCAGAGACGGGCAGGAGGACAUGGAAGCAAGUUUGGAGAGUUUGCAGAAUAUUGACAUGAUGGACGUUAAUGUGUUAGAAGAAACCGAAGUCGAGAAUAGCGGUGCUCCAGACUUCGGGGAGGAUGGCGCUGACAGCAUUCUCGAGUCCCUAUGCGAGAGCAAAGACUACGUGGCCGUGCAGCUGAGGGAGCUCCCAGCUCAGUUCACAGGACACUCUGUAGAUGGGGAGGGCUUCGAGAACACUUUGGAUGCUUCACCGUUGGACUUGAAAUUGCCUCCGGAUAUUGAAGAACCUCUAUUGGAGCCAGAAAAUGAGAAAAUACUCGACAUUUUGGGGGAAACUUGUAAAUCUGAGCCAGUAAAAGAAGAAGGUUCCGAGCUGGAGCAGCCAUUUGCACAGGAAACAAGUAGCGUGGGGCCAGACAGAAAGCUUGCGGAGGAAGAGGACCUUUUUGACAGCGCCCAUCCGGAGGAGGGUGAUUUAGAUUUGGCCAGCGAGUCAACAGCACAAGCUCAGUCGAGCAAGGCAGACACCCUGUUAGCGGUAGUGAAAAGGGAGCCCGUGGAGCAGACAGGCGAUGGCGAGAGGACGGACUGUGAGCCUGUAGGGCUAGAGAAGCCAGUUGAGCAGAGUAGUAAAGCCUCAGAGCACACGGAAGCCUGUAGCGAGGAGGCCUCGGAAGCGCCCCCGGAAGCCUCAAGCCCAGACCCCAGGGAUAGCAAAGAAGACGUGAAGAAGUUUGCUUUUGAAGCUUGUAAUGAAGUCCCUCCGGCUCCUAAAGAGUCCUCAGCCAGUGAGGGCGCUGAUCAGAAAAUGAGCUCUUUUAAGGAAGAAAAAGAUAUAAAGCCAAUCAUUAAAGAUGAAAAAGGUCGAAUCAGCAGUAGUUCUGGAAGGAAUCUGUGGGUCAGUGGACUGUCUUCCACAACUCGAGCGACAGAUCUGAAGAACCUUUUCAGCAAAUAUGGAAAGGUUGUUGGAGCCAAAGUGGUGACCAAUGCCCGCAGUCCCGGGGCCCGGUGCUACGGGUUUGUCACCAUGUCAACAUCCGACGAGGCCACAAAGUGUAUCAGCCAUCUCCACAGAACUGAGCUUCAUGGAAGAAUGAUCUCUGUUGAGAAGGCCAAAAAUGAACCUGCUGGGAAGAAGCUGUCUGACAGAAAAGAAUGUGAAGUGAAGAAGGAGAAAUUGUCUAAUGUUGACAGACAUCAUUCUGUGGAGGUCAAAGUUGAAAAGUAA